AUGCAUGCCAUUGAUUGUACAUUGCAAGAAUUUUUGUUAGUUGAGAUCGCUGCAAGUUUUAAUGAUAGUCCAUCCGACUUGUAUGUUUACAAUUUGAAUGCUGAGGGAGAUGUAGUGAAGGGAGUUUUAAGAAAUUAUGAUGAUAAUGACGUUCAGAGUCAAAGUAACAAUUCGAGCAGCGAUGAAAUAGUAAGGAGUACCAAAAGAUUGAGAAGAAUCAGUACAUCCUCGGGUUCUUUGACGGAUCCCGAUCAACCGGUUGCUUUAAACAUCUCAAAGAGAGAUCAAAACUAUAAUUUAAAGAAGCGUUUGAAAGCACUUUCUUUCAAAUUUCGCAAACAUCAAGAUUUUUAUGACUUGUUUAAAAGAUUUCCAGACAAAAUUCUGAAGUAUUUAAAUAGACUACAGAAAAAAGAAAAUGACAAUAAAUUAAUAAUUAAAAAACUCAUGGUAUAUGGAGAGUCCUUAGAUUUAAAUGGGAAGAAUGUGAUUUCUCAUGAAGGUAUUAUGCGUUUCAAAUAUUGUUUUGGUUACUUAAUUAAAAUUCUUACUUAUUUUUAA